GUCAUCUCAUCUCCGUUUCACAACACCACAACACCAUCUUCCGUGAAUGCCGCAAAGCCCUCCUCUCUGCCUCCCCCGUCAUGACACUACAUCCUUCAUGACCACGCAUUGCUUCAAUCAUGGCUUCCGAAUGUUCUGCCGACACACCUGUCGACUCUCUCGUCGGCACUCCCGCAUCCCUUUCAUCCUCUUCUUCUGAAGACACUCCCACAUCUCAUCCACCCUCUGCGUUCCUCAUCUCAUCGGCCCCUCCACCUAAGGAAGAUCCGCUCGACCUCAGCAAAGCCAUCCCACCCAGCCUCCUAAGUGGUCGAGCGUAUCCUCACCGGGCAGUGAAGCUAGUCUACGGCAAGCACAUCCUUUCCGGCAAGCUCUACUUCCUCCCCAUGCACGCAUACAUGGACAUCCACUCCCGCUUCUUCGACAUUCUCCCCUCGGAGCAGGACAGCCUGGGCGACAUCUGCACCGAACCGUGGUCCAUCCUCCAUCCCGUGCACGGCUUGAGCUGGAUCCACGUCGGCCAGCUUCCCGGCGAGACCUGGAUGAUGAGCACCUACGACACCAUCAACGGUCGCCCCGAGCCUUCCUUCGCCUCCGUCACAGCAGACGAGACCGUGUGGAGAGCCGGAGAGCAUCUCGGUGAAAUCCAGCUCAUCCCCGACGUCACUCUUGGUGACACACCCUAUAACCUCACCGUCACCCUCUCCCUCGACGAAGUCAUCUUCGCCUUUCCCCCGGAUCGCCCUCUCAGCGGCACCCGCAACCUCCCUCGCCGCAAGAUCAACAGACGCAUCAACCAUGUCCCCGUGGACGUCAAGGACUACCUGCCAAUGCCCGUACAUCCAGACAUCAUCGCUGUAGCAGCCAAAAUCAAUGCCUCGUGCCUGGACAUGCGCACAAACUCCUCCUACAAUCGACCCAAGCGGCAGUGGUUGAAGAUCAACGUCCCCGAAAUCCUGGACCAGGGUCAGCACUAUCUCAACCCCAACCACGAACUAUGGAAACACAGAGGCAACGAAUUCCUCUUCCGCCGCGACAUCUGGUGCUCGCUGUGCUACCCACUCAAGACUACCGAGGAGGCAGAGGAGGAGAAGGCAUUGGCCAAGGGGCUGGAGUUUGAGAAAAUGCCGGACUCUUACUAUCAGAUCUUGUUUGCGGACUUGCAAGUGAGGCCGAGGGUGCCUGGCACAGACAUCUUGCUGACGGCUUGGGGAACGUGAUGGAUCAACGCUCAAAUUUGACGGUGUUGCUUCGCAUGGCAAUGGCGUUUUGUGCAGCGGCAUGGACAGAAGUGAGCGAGAAGUGGGAAAGUGGGACGGCGGGAACAUCAGUGAACGCAACAAAAAGCCUUUCCCAUAAUACGUCAAAUAACU